ACUCGAUAUAGUCAGCUGGGUUUCUUAUAUAGAAAACGAACUUGGCAUAAUUGUCAUAACUUAUUAAAUUAUAACAACUUUAUAAAAUAACUUCAACUUCGAAUCUAACUGUGGCUGGACUUUAUAUUUUUUUAUCUUAUAUUUUUUUCAACACGUGUAAGUAAUUUAGUAAAUUUAACGCAUUAAUAUAAUGAAGAUUAAUCGAAUGACUUGACCAAAGAGGUUCACAGCAGCGCAGCUCGGCACAUGGACAGCGAAAGAUGAAGCUGACCUGUUGCUGGAGCGCCACGCUGCUGCUCACCCUCGUUCCCAGCUGCUGUCAAAGCGGCAACAUCCUGGUCAUUCCCACUGAGGGAAGCCACUGGCUCAACAACGAGAUCCUCCUUAAAGCGCUGCACUCCAGAGGACACAACAUUACCAUUGCGCGUUCCAGCAAAAGCUGGUACGUCAAGGACAGCUCCCCGUACUACAGCACCUUCACAGUUCCUGUGGAAAGGAGUUUUGACAAGAAGUACACAAGAAGACUCGUAACCGAGUACAUCAAAUUUCAACGGGGGGCUUCACCUUUGGCCAGUUUUCUCCAUGUAACCAUGGGGAUGAUUGAUAAAAACGUUGAGGUUCACAGAGCUGUGAGUGAAUUUCUACCAGCCAUGUUAGACGACACGGAGUUGAUGAGGAGAUUAAACCAGAGCAAGUUCGACCUGGUUCUUACUGACCCCUGGUGGGGAAAUGGAGCUAUUGUGGCAAAAUAUCUUAAUCUUCCUCUAGUUUACAAUGUCCGCUGGUUAAAUCCUGAAGAAGCUCAUUUUGCCGUCGCUCCUUCACCCAUAUCCUAUAUUCCUGUCACCUUAUCUGGCUAUACUGAUAAAAUGAACUUUUUUCAGAGAACCAAAAACAUGAUUACAUAUCUGAUCACCCAGAUCCAGACCACCUCUGUGAGCAAACUGGUAUACCAGCCACUGUGUUCCAAAUAUCUUGGACCUGAUGCGGACUUUGAUCAGAUAAAGUCUGGCGCCGACAUCUGGCUGAUAAGAACCGAUUUUGUGUUUGACUAUCCGCGUCCCACCAUGCCUAACGUUGUGUACAUGGGAGGGUUCCACUGUACGCCUGCGAAACCGUUACCAAAGGACCUGGAGGAGUUUGUGCAGAGUUCUGGAGAGCACGGCGUCAUCAUCAUGUCUUUGGGAACUUUUGUGCCCAGCCUUCCAGACGACAUGGCAAAUAAGAUUGCAGCCUCUUUUGCCGAAUUGCCCCAGAAGGUCAUCUGGAGCUACAGCGGAAGCAAACCGUCCACUCUGGGGAAUAAUACUUUACUGGUGGACUGGAUGCCGCAAAAAGACCUUUUAGGGCAUCCAAAGGUGAAGCUGUUUGUGGCUCAUGGAGGAACCAACGGAGUCCAAGAAGCUAUCUACCACGGAGUCCCAGUGGUGGGUUUGUCCUUGUUUUUCGACCAGUAUGACAAUCUGCUCCGCCUACAAGACAGAGGGGGAGCAAAAGUUCUCACCCUGACCACGGUGGACAAAGAUGACAACUUCCUGAAAGCUGUGAAAGAAGUCCUGAAUGAGCCGUCCUACAGAGCGAACAUGCAGAGACUCUCCAGACUGCACAGAGACCAGCCAAUAGAGCCCAUAGACAAUGCCCUCUUCUGGAUAGAGUUUGUAAUGAGGAACAAAGGUGCUGCUCACCUGAAAGCACAGUCCCAUGGAAUGCCCUGGUACAUCUACCACUCUGUAGAUGUUGCUCUGUUCCUAACAGGGGCAGUGCUGCUCAUGCUUCUGACUGCUGUCAUGUUUAUCAGGUGUUUAUGUAAAUCGGCGUGCAGGGGAAAGCUAAAACGUGACUAGUGAUGCAAGAAACAUUAGAAGAACAGCAAUCUAUUCUUCUACAUUGGUUUCAGGUUGGGAUGAAGAGAAAAAUUUCACUUUUCAGUGAUAAUUCCUUUGUCAGAUUUUGCGUUCACCAAUAUUUAAUGAUUUGAAACUACUACUUUUAACAUCACAGCUAAAUUCAUCUAAAAAACCAUAUCGUUAUUGUUAGAUUAGAAUUCUUUUAUUUUCUUUGAGACAUUUUAGUUGGGAGUAAUGUACUUUAUUGCAGCUAUAUACUGUGUUUGUAAUGAGUACUUUUUGUGUGAAUGUUUUUUUUUAAUUGUGUUUUCAGCUACAUUUUUGUAUUUGAAUGAGUAUCUUUUUGAUUGGUGAGUGGAUGUUGCAAUUCCUCAAAGCUGGAUGGAUUCCCAGGGUUUUUUGUAGCUAAUUAUAUAGUUAAUUUUACUAUUAUUAAAUGACCAAUGACAUAAAGUUGUCCAACCAUCAAUCAUUUC